AUGCAUUCUUCAACUCUUUACGUAGCCCUGGCGGCUCUUACUUCUAACCUCGUCAAUGCCCACGGCAAGAUUAGCGUUGCUACUGGUGAUGCCGGCGGCAACACCACUGCACUUGGCAUCAUGGGCGGUGUCGUGCCGGGGGCAGGUCCCAAUCGACAAACCGAAGUCGACACGACAGUUUUCCGCUCCAGAAAAGCUGCUUCUGAUGGCCUUGGCCGGACCAAAGGCAAUGGCCAGAAUACCCUGGAUGACAUGAGUCGCAUUGUUGCCAUGUCUGGCUCAACCCUUCCACAGGUCAGCAACAAUGGGGGGUACAUCUCUGCUACCUACCAUAUUGUUACUACCGACGGGGCUGGACCCGUGCAAGCCAUUGUUGAUCCUACGGGAACGGGUAAGUUCUCUCAGGGCACAAAGGCACAAGUCGUCACGCAGGUACCAGGGAGAAAUGGCAACAUCGCCCCCGGACCUUUAAGCAAUAACCGCCCACAGAAAGGCCAAGGCGGCGGUGGUUUGCUCGGUGGGCUACUUGGGAAGCGAGCAUUAAACGUUGAUUCAGAUUAUCCUCUCAAAGUUGCCAUCCCAGCCGGGACUACUUGCCAGGGUUCCAUGGGCGGCAUGUCCAACGUUUGUCUUCUAAAGGUUGCUAAUCCCAGUGGCGCUGGUCCGUUUGGCGGCGUGAUUGCCUUCCAGAUGGCUGGUAACGGUGGGAAUACGACUGAUACCAACGGAAAUGCCUCUAAUGGCGAGGGUUCAAGUGAUAAUGGGGAUAGCAGCAAUGGCAAUAACUCUGGCAAUGGGGCGAACAACCAAGGAAACGGCAAUUCUGCUAAUAACGAGGCCAGCAACAACUCGAACGGCAAUGACGAUAACAACGAGAAACGUGCCGUCAGGUUCCAUUCGUGA